ACAGAAGCGAACUUGGUUGUGUCACAUACUAUAAACUUACAGUCAUACAUACUUUACGCAUCGGUCUCAGUGCGGUACAUAUUUUAAGUAGUUUAGUGCAAACGUGUGGUUAGCAUUGAACGCUCCCCCAUUUCCAAAAAGACAAUUUAGGAGAACAGCGCAGUGGUUCAGUUCUAGUGGCCUGCUUGAAUUCAAGAGCCCGCAUUCGGUUCUGGGUGAUGGAGGUGUUCGGCUUCUUGAGCGCGCUACUGCUGUUGUGGACCACCGCGGCCCACGGGAAACCCACCUCGAGGAAAGAGCGAGUCAUUCACGAAACUAACCUAAACGAGCGAACCCAAGAGGACAACAACAGCUUCCAGUACGACCACGAGGCCUUCCUGGGCAAGGAGGAAGCCAGGACCUUCGACCAGCUCACACCGGAGGAGAGUAAGGAGAGGCUCGGUAAAAUAGUGGGACGGAUCGACAGCGACACCAAUGGCCUCAUUACCACCGAUGAGCUCAAAGCGUGGAUCAAACGCGUUCAGAAGCGUUACGUUUAUGAGAACGUGGCGAAGGUUUGGACAGAUUAUGACCUCAACAAAGACGACAAGAUCUCGUGGGAAGAGUACAAGCAGGCCACCUACGGAUACUAUCUCGCCAAUCCGGGAGAGUUUGACGAUACGACCGACCAGUUGAGUUUCAAGAAGAUGCUUCCCCGGGAUGAGAGGAGGUUCAAAACGGCGGAUCUGGACGGGGACCAGGCGGCCGACAGAGAAGAGUUCACGGCCUUCCUCCACCCCGAGGAGUUUGAGCACAUGAAGGACAUUGUGGUGCAGGAAACCCUGGAGGACAUUGACAAGAACGGCGACGGACACGUGGACGAGGACGAGUACGUCGCCGACAUGUUUGCUCACGAAGACGGCGGCCCAGAACCGGACUGGCUCAGAACCGAGAGGGAUCAGUUCUCCGACUUCCGAGACUUGAACAAAGACGGUAAAAUGGAUCGGGACGAAAUCCGCCAAUGGAUUAUGCCGCAAAACUACGACCAUGCCCAGGCUGAGGCGCGACACCUGGUCUACGAGUCCGACCAGGACAAGGACCAGAUGUUGACGAAAGAAGAGAUCCUGGAGAACUGGAACAUGUUUGUAGGAAGUCAGGCCACCAACUACGGAGAGGACCUCACCCGGAAUCACGAUGAGCUUUGAAUUUUACUUGAACCUCCACUGUGUGUGUGUGUGUGUGUGUGUGUGUGUGUGUGUGUGUGUGUGUGUGUGUGUGUAAGAGGUUGGUAAUCUCAGUCUUGGUUGACCAGCACUCCACGUGGGGAUGGGGAGGAUUUGUUGAUCAGUCGGUCCUACCACUAACACUUCAAGGUCAAAGUGUUUCAGCGUAUUGUUCUGUUUCUGAUAUUCAGGAGCACGAAGAUGUUCUUACCGUCGGCGGUGCCUUCGUGCCACCGUGUUGCUUUUGCUUCCUUACGCCGGUUCCUUGAAUGCAGCGCGCUGUGGGCAACCUUUUGAUAAUAACAUUAAUGUGAAGCUGCAGCUCAAAGAACGGAACUUUAUUUAUUUCCAUUUUUAUCUCUUAUCUCUGGUCAACCAUUUUAAAAAAAAAAAAUAACUAUCUUAUAUGAAGUUAACAGAGUGACUUUUUUAACCACAGUGUCUUUGCACAAAAUGUUUGUUUAGCGAGUGAAAGACUGUUUCAAAGAGUUUUGAAAUGUAUUUAUCUCUCUGAAGGGGGCCCAAAAAAUUCCCCCCACCACACUUUUAUUGUUUCUGUUUCAUUGUUUCCAUACAACACAUUUGGGAGAAAAAAGGUCAAUUAUGUACAAAUAAAUAAACAAAAAAAGGUC